GACACUAGGCUACUCUCCGGAGAAGCAGCAGGACCGGGACGGGAGAUCUGGCACGGAGCGGGCACUACUCUCCGUGCUGCAAAGCAACCGGGGCUCAAACCGGGGCUAAAUCCUACCGUACCCAGCGGAGUAUGGAGAAGUGUCAGGAAGACCGGCCGAAGAGGAAGAGGAGGAGUGAGGUGUGGCUUCCUGGACCUCCCAGAGGGCCGUGGGUAGACUGGCUCUCUCACACCUCCUUCAGGAGGCUGCAGGUCAAGUUAGAAUCUGAGAACCAAGAAGCUAGAGCCAUCACCCAGCCACUACUGGACACAGAGAAUGGCUUUGUCAAGGACCUGGAGCGUUAUCUGUGCCAACAGGAAAGGGCGGAGCUUCGUAAGCGAGAGCUGCUCCAUAAGCGUUGGACGGAGCGUGUGUGGACCCCUAUUCAGAGGAGCGUGGAGAACCAAGUGCCCCACUGCUGCUAUGACGAGGCAGAGAGUAUACGCAGCAUGUUCCUGAACUACAUACACUACUGUAACUCAAAGGUUGCCACACCUGCGUCGAGGGACCCACUGUUCCUUCAAUCACGUGACGGGACAAAGGAAAAGAGGGCGGUCCUACGCUGUCAGACAGGGCCGCCCAGAUUAUAGCCACGGUCACACCUGACGGGAGAUGUCUACAGACAGCUUGCUGGUCCUACAGGGCAUAACAACACCUGACGGGAGAUGUCUACAGACACCUGGCUGGUCCUUCAGAGGAUAAUGACUAUUAAACAGGGCUUGAGAGCACAGCGUUCUGUAGUGUGGCAUCACUGUUGGGAAAUAUAAACAGCAGCAUUGACUAGAUGCAGGUAUUCAAUCAUCUCUUCGUCGACAAGGGUAAUUCAUGCUUGAGCAGACAUUGUUUACUGAAAACCAUGUAUUUGAUACCAUUCCUCCCAAUUAAAGGUGACACCAAUCUCC